GUCGCGGAGGUGGCGUUUUUGGACCACAACUCCCGGCAUGCCGCCUGUCCCGGCGGCGCGGCCCGAAGCUGGUUUGACGGGCGGAGCGGCGGCGGAGGAUGGAGGCGGUGGUGUUCCUCUUCUCGCUCCUCGACUGUUGCGCGCUCAUCUUCCUCUCUGUCUACUUCAUCAUUACAUUGUCUGAUUUAGAAUGUGAUUACAUUAAUGCUAGAUCAUGUUGCUCAAAAUUAAACAAGUGGGUGAUACCAGAAUUGGUUGGCCAUACCAUUGUCACUGUGCUGAUGCUUGUCUCCUUGCACUGGUUCAUCUUCCUUCUCAACUUACCUGUCGCCACAUGGAAUAUCUAUAGGUUCAUUAUGGUGCCAAGCGGUAACAUGGGAGUAUUUGAUCCAACAGAAAUACACAACCGUGGACAGUUAAAGUCACACAUGAAAGAAGCCAUGAUCAAGCUUGGUUUCUACCUGCUCUGUUUCUUCAUGUAUCUCUAUAGUAUGAUUCUAGCCUUGAUCAAUGACUGAAGCUGGAGAAGCAGGGUUGAAGCCAACGUACACUACACACUGCACAACUGAGGAGCCAGAGAGGACUAAACCACCCUGAGAACCGUGACCAGAGCAGUAUAUAUUUUGGUCUUUGAACAAAAAAACUAUUUUUGCUGUAUUUUUACCACAUAAAGUAUUUAAAAAAAAAUAAAUUGAGUUUUUGUAGAUUUCUGAUUUCUCAACCCCAACUCUUGAAGGUGUUUUGUCUCCUCUGUGGCUGUUUGGUAGAAGUAGGAAUGUGUGCCAGCUUUGUAUGCCAAAGAGAGAAAGGACACACCUACAAGAGGCAUUAAUACAGUGGUUCUCAACCUGUGGGUGACCACCCCUUUAGGAGUCAGAUGACUCUUUUACAGGGUCACCUAAGACCAUUGAAAACACAGAUAUUUAAAUUGUGAUUCAUAGCAGUAGCAAAAUUACAGUUAUGAAGUAGCAGUGAAAAUGGUUUUAUGAUUAGGGGUUCACAACAUGAGGACCUAUAUUAAAGGGUCACAGCAUUAGGAAGGUUGGGAACCACCGCCUUAGUAGAUGAGCUGGACUGUCUAAAAAGCCAGAGUAUAAAGCAACACAGCUAAUCUGGAUACAUGAAGAAAGUCAUGUUAAUGUAGCUUAAGGAUCUGGGGGCUUUUCAGCUAAGUCUUUCAAUAGUAAUGACAUUUUAAAAUGUAUUGAUUUAAAAAAAAAUGUAUUGAUUUGCAGUAUUUGAAACCUUAUGAGCCAUGUGCCCAAGUACAAUGUAAUUCCUGCUUUCAGAAAGGAAAAAUACAUUUUAAAAUCAAGAUUUUAUUAAGAGCUUUCAUUUUAAAGCUUGUACCUCCAUAAUCCUCCUCACCUCCAUCUAAUCACCUCAGCUCUUGCCAGACCUUAUUUUUGCAUCGUAACUGUUCCAUUUGUAUUUAAUUUCUUUAAAUAUAUAUAUAUAUAUAAUUUGAUUUGGUGUUUUUUUGAGACAGGGUUUCUCUGUAUAUAGCCCUGGCUGUCCUGGAACUCACUUUGUAGACCAGGCUGGCCUCGAACUCAGAAAUCUGCCUGCCUCUGCCUCCCAGAGUGCUGGGAUUACAGGCGUGCGCCACCACCGCCCUGCCUAAUAAUAUAUUUUAAUGGAUUUGGAGAAGUGAUUUGGUAGAAGUCACUCAGAAUCAGGAAACCGGUCAGUCAUUGUUAAAAAAUAAAACAAGAACAGCCUGUGAGUGCUCACUGGGUGCAGAGUCCACUGUGGCUCCCAUUUGUUCACACUGACCACUGACCGCUUCAUAGACUGGGAACCCAGCACAGGCCAUUGCAUGCAGGUGACAGUGCCUACCUACUCUGGAAGCUCCUGCUUUGGAGGAGUGUGAGCAAUUAACCUCGUCUGUGCUUGUCAUAUCUUGCAGUGUCCUGUGAAUCUGGGGCUCCCUCUUUCCUAGCUACACUUAAUCAUUGGUAUUGUAAGCACUGACACACCUGUAAGGAAACAUGACUGUACACUGUCAUCAUGGACCUUGGUGGCAAAACAGAGUGUGUGCUUCCCCAAGAGAUUAAAUGUUUAAAUGUUGCAUGUCUUAUUGAGUGAGGAGUUGGUAGAAGUAAGAGCCAGGACACAGGAUUCCUUGUUAGGAUGGGAGCUGGGCUCUGACCACACAGGAGAAAAGGGUUGGGGUGGCAUGCAAAGGAAAUUUGGUUUCCUGGGCCCAGGGAAAUCCUCCCUAUAGUAAUCUUGUGUUUCUGCCUAGAAGAGGGCUGAGCAGCUACAACAGGAGUUAAUUUUAUAUUUUCUCAUACUGUUUCUCUCUGGGGCACCUUUUGCUAACAGCUCCACCCUACCUUCCAGUGCCCUCCCUGUUACUCAAGCUUUUCAAACAGGCCUGCUGGGGGCCUCAUAGGACUGAGACCCAGUGGAGGGCUUUUGUCUAAAAUGUCUGAGCUUAAGCCAAACUAAAAGCCCUGUAGCCAAGCACCUUUGGGCUGUCAGUUGUCUUUAUCCGGCCUAAGCUGCAGAGGAGUGGAUGAGAAAGCGGCCGGCCUUGUCUGUAAAGAUCCAACUGAACUCUGAAACGCUAUUAACGAAUGGACACCCUCUGUUCCUCCUACUGCUCGUGUGUAUCAAAGCCAGGAAAGAGGUGUCAUUUUUCAGGAUUUUUUUUGGAGGGAGGAGGGAUGCUUUUAUAAAUGCUGAAAAAGAUGUGAGCUGGCCCUGAGUGGCUGUGGUUCUGAUGCCUGUGGUGCUGCUGUACAGUGAUUAGACUAUCACAGAGGAGCUUCGAGAUCAUGUACUCUAGCUCUUCCAUUUCAAAGAGAGAGUAGAGGCCUAGAGGUUGUCAGAGGUCUCAAAAGUAUGAGUAUCAGGAGUUCAGCUCAGUGUCCUCUUAGGCCCUCUUCCUCCCUGCCCUCCAUAAAGGCUCUGAUGUUGAUGGCCUGGCCAGUGCAUCCUGCUGUGGAGUGCAGCCAUGCCGGCAUGUUCCCUUUCCUUAUGCUUUUAACUGUAGCAGGUGCUGUGUCUAGAGCUGAGGAAGUAAAGCCCGAGGUGCAGCCUCUCCCGUCACAUCUAACAGGACCCUUUUCACACCUGCUACCCAAGAAGACAAUGUAGCAAGAGCCCAGCGGCUUCCUUCUGACCUGAUCUGACUUUAAACCUCUGUACUGUUUCCUGUGGGAAGUACUCACCACUUCCCAUGCAGCAUCUCUUGUAUGCAAACUAGAUUGUGCGCUCCUAGAGGGCAGAGUCCACUCUGAUCAUAUUUGUGUUGUCUUCCUUUCCCUUCUGGCGCCCAAAUACAGUGCCUUCCACACAGACACAAUAAAUGGCUGUUGAAUAACAAGUUAA